GGAGUUAAACGCGGCGGCACUUCCGCACACUGUAAUCUAAUCCGUUUGACAUCUAAAAUGGGCCUUCAGAGCGCCGAGAACAUCCCGCAUCUCACGUUUAGCAGGAGAACCGGAUAAAGACACACGGAUAAAGAUCGGAAGUGUUUAAACCCAGUGGAUCAGUUAACUUUUAAUCGUUGAGUGAGCAGUUUUACACGGUUUUUGCUUUUGUUUAGUUUUUUGUGUGUUUUUUUUUUUUUACACCCGCAUUGUGUUUGUGUUUAAUAAUUUCCCUAGCAGCUGGAUUGUCCUCAAAGAAACGUCAUUUUGUUGUUGUUUUCUUUUUUGUUUUUUGCUGUAAGCUUUGUGUGAUCCUGCUGGUUUGGUCGAGCAAAGCUAGCUUAGCUUAGCUGAAGUUAGUUGUUAGCCGAAGGCUAGUCGUGCUAACAGAUUGUGCACGCGCCUGAUUUCAUUUCUAGAACAUUCCAAAGAAAUCUGAGGUAAUUUUUUUUUAUUUUUUUAAACAACCCCAUAAUAAUCACGAGGAUUCCGGUUCAGUUUCACUUGGAGAAGAAAGAAACACCAAGAAACUGACAUGAUGUUUCCACAAGCCAGGCACUCGGCCGCAUCUCAAUCAGCACAACCGCUAAAGUUCACCACCUCGGACUCAUGCGACCGCAUUAAAGACGAGUUCCAGUUUCUCCAAGCACAAUAUCACAGUCUAAAGCUGGAGUGUGAUAAACUGGCCACGGAGAAAUCAGAGAUGCAGCGUCACUACAUCAUGUACUACGAGAUGUCGUACGGGCUCAACAUUGAGAUGCACAAACAGGCUGAGAUUGUAAAGAGACUGAAUGCCAUAUGUGCUCAGGUGCUGCCUUACCUGUCCCAAGAGCAUCAACAGCAGGUCCUGGGAGCGAUUGAGAGAGCUAAGCAGGUCACUCCACCAGAGAUGAACUCAAUAAUUCGGCAGCAGCUCCAGGCCCACCAGCUCUCUCAGCUGCAGGGUUUGGCUCUGCCUAUGACCCCUUUGCCCCUGGGCUUGAACCCCCCGACCCUGCCUUCCUCAUCCUCCUCAUCUUCCACCGCUACGGGUCUCUUCUCUCUCUCCAGCAUCCUGGCAUCACACGCUCACCUCGCCAAGGAAGAGAAGAACGCCCGUGAUGCCGCAAACAGCGCCGACUCGCACCGCGACGACGACGGAGACAAAUCCGACUAAGCCCACUUUAAUGCUUCUUACAGCGAGGCAACGAGAGCACAGAGAGACAAUGAUGAGAACACUGCAUUGUUUUGUUUUUCCUCUUGCAUCCUUCUUCUAAAGCCUCUUGCUUUUCUGAAUGCAUGCCUUCCUUUAAUUCCUUUUUAGUCAGUGCGUUAAAACCUACCUUUUUGCUGGCCCUGAAUUCCUUUACUGUGUUUGGUUUUGUCGAGCUCUUAUUAUUCCUCUGUGGGAUCCACGGCUUCCUGCAAGUCUGUUAGACUUUCAGAUAUCAUCCUGUAGAGCUCCUUCUCUUACGAGCUCAUCCUCAGUCUAAACCCAGAAGCUUCUGGAUUAAGCCCGAGGACACGAUCCUCUUUCCAGACGCUCAGACAAUCCGUUGUUUCUUUAUUCCCGCGAUGUACAUGUUGCAGAAUCGGAUAUAGUUUGGAAGAUCUUGUAAAAGCACAAUUACCCAAAUGAGAAAUGUCUUUGUAGAGGACCUGUAGAACCCAAUUUGGUUUUUUUUGCUCGCUCGAUCUCGUCUUUGUUUAUUAUCUGCAUUAAAAUUUUGCAUUUCAAAGAUCGUUAAAGGUGCGCUUUGUGAUCGGUAUAAGUGGUUCCACAUCUAUCAUAUCGUUAUCAUAUCGUUUUUAAAGAUCCCUUAGGGGAAAAAUGCUUCAUUUCUUAUCAAUCGUUUCUUUAUUUCAGCUUCUUGUUUAUAUUUUUCCACUCCAACCCAAAAGACUUAAGGUACAAUGUCUUGCAUAAAUAUUCACUACUUUUGAACUGGACAGCAUGGUGGUGGUAGCAUCAUGUUGGGGGGGGGUGGGGUGGUAGAGCGAGAGAGACACUUAUUCAGAGAAGAAACCAUGCAUGAUCUGAGCUAACACCACCACCAUGCUUCACUGUGUAGAGAUUCUUGAUCUAAACUCCUGUGUCCAUUUCACUUCCAGUUUUUUUGGGGGGUUUUUUUCAAACACUUUAGAAGUUCAGUUUGUUUAGCUGCUUUGUGUGUCUUAGGACUUUAGAUUUUUUGGGAUUACUUUCCCAGUAAUUAUAUAUUUUUUUGUCUUAACCGCAAGAGACGAAAAGACAGAGAGAGACUGACUAGGGAACAACAGUUUAUAGCUGAUGUCAUGUAAGUGGUUUACAUUUUCAGCAUUAAGCAUAAUUAUAAAUGGAUAAACAGCACAGUGCGUCAUUCCGAUGCCAAAGCCAUGUGGUCAGAGAGGAAUAAAACGCUUCAGACAUGACCACAUCGUUAGUUUCCUAUAACCGCAUGCUGCAUUGUGGCUUUUUUUUAUUUUUAUUCUCUCUUUAUUUUUACGUUUCAUAUCAACGCUCACGUUUUAUUAUCUUCCCUCAUAGUCAAAAGCAGACUAAUGGAGUGUGUGAGCUAGAACAUAUGUUCCUCUUCUGCUAGCAAAUGGAGGUGUAUUGUUUUGCAUCUUCUCUCCUCUUUUCCCACCCCCCUCCCUCCGUCUCUCUCUCUCUCUCUCUCUCUCUCUCUCUCUCUCUCUCUCUCUCAGAGCUAGGUGUGUGUUGUGGAUGGGGAAUUUGUGCCAUAUACACAGAAAGACGAAGUAUAUUUGUGUUCAUAGUAUGACCCCCCCUCCUCCCCCCAAAAAAAAAGAAAAGAAAGAAAAAGUGCAGUUUUGCUUUGACGCGACCAGAACGCACUUUCAGUCUGAGAAAUUGUUUGAAGUGAGCACUUAGUUUGAAAUCCGUUUCCUGAACGAAUCGAUUUUUACCCAACUACGACUGCUCCAAAUAAUGGUCUUUAUAGAUCCUGUUUGGUGAUGCACAUUUUUGUCCUCCCUUUACAAAAGGAAAUUAACACUGAAACCGACACGUCUGCCAUCAGCGUUCGGCUGUAAUCUGCAACUCGAGAGCCGUUUUGCACAAGACUACAGAGAAAUCUUUUACAACUGUCAGGCUUAAGAAUGCAAAUAUGGCUUAUUUCUUUAAGUACAAAUGAACAGGUGAUGGUUUAGUGCGUCAUAUUAAAGUGGACGUACGGUGAAAAUGAUUAACACAGAAAGGAUGGAAUCACAACCGUAAAUGGAAGCAAUGUGGUUUAGUGCAGAAUCAGUUUAAAGAAGCCAGAUUAUGACACUGAUUGGAGUUUCACCAUCACAUAAAAAUUGCUGAAUGAAGAAAAAACUCGUGUGUGAAGAGCAGGAUCAUAUUAAAGAAUAACAAUUUCUGCACCCCCCCCCCCCCAAAAAAAAACCCUUACAUAAAUAAAUUAAAAUAAAAAUAAUAAAUGUUUUCUUCGAACAGAAUUUAUUUCCGUCAUGUCACCACAGGGGGGCAGACUUUCCUUAAGAACAUGUAGUGCCUGUUGUGGAAAUACAGUGUAUUGGUCAUGUUUGGCUUUUACUACCUAUUGUACGUUUUAAAUAUGUUAUAAUCCAGGGCUCGUCGACUCCUAGGCUGGAGACGGAACAGUUGGUGGAUUUCUGGGUUUCUGCAUCGAUGUUUGUUUAAUGGGGUUGUUGGAGCAGGGAAAUGGUCAAACUGCUAAUCUCUGGUCUAACAGGACUGCAAAGAGAAGAAAAGAGCAGAGUUCAUUAUGAACAUGCUGUAUGUGCUGUGUAGAAACAUGUCUGGGAAGGAAAGUGUGUGUGUGUGUGUGUCUGGGAAGGAAAGUGUGUGUGUGUGUGUGUGUGUGUGUGUGUGUGUGUGUGUGUGUGUGUGUGUGUGUGUGUGUGUGUGUGUGUGUGUGUUAGAAUAGGGAUAGAAAAGCAUAGUUUGUACUUUGUCUCAGAUAUCAUCAUACAACCCUGUCAAUCAAUACCUGUGCUGAAAAGAACACUAGCAUGCUGGUGUUUGAUGAUAAAAAUUUAAAAGAUUUACUAAACAUUUUGUCAUGUAGUCAUUCAGCUCGGAUGAAAGAAGGAAACUAUCUACACAAACAUUAAAAUUGCCUUAGAGAAAAAUGGUUUCAUUAAACCUACAUUUCUGCUCAUUUCUAUACGGUAUAAAGGAUUUAAAUGCUGGUCCUUUUUUCUGCUUCUUCUUCAUCUUCAUCUUCAUCUUUCUCCUCAAGUUUGCAUUGCCGUAGUUCUGUUGUGAGUGCACUUGAUCUCAAUGGCGAAUUGAUCUCUUCAUGGUGGGGGGGGGGGUAUUGGAGGGGGGUUAAACAGGGACGUAAGACAAGUACAGAAAAUCUUACUGGAAAGAUUCAAACCAAUCGAAUAGUGUGUGUGUGUGUGUUUGUUGUGAAGGGACAAUUUCUAAUAUGUAUAAAUAUAUCAAUAUACAUAUACUUUUGUAAACAUUUUGUAUGUAUAAAGCUACAUUUAUCGUGUGUGUGUUUGUGAAGGAAAUGUAGUGUAUGCGGGUUUGAUGAGCGACUGACCGAGAGCCUGUCCAGUAUAUCGAUUUGAGACCUACAUUGAAAUACGUAGCUGUAUUUCAGGAAAGAUAAAAAUAAUACAUUGGCUGUAGAUGUUACGCUAGGUAGCAAUCAGCACAUCUUAUCAUGGACCUGAAGUAUUUGUUCUCCUUUUUAAAAAAAAAAAAAAAAAAAAAAUCACUUUUCACGGGUGAUAUAAAGCUAACAAAGCUCCGUAGUCAGCCGAGGUCCAGAUGAUGGUUGGGUUUGAGUUGUAAAUACAACAUCCGUUUUCUCAUCAGCUGUAAAUUUAACCUUCGUUUUGAAUCCGAAAUUAAACUUUCGCUCUGAUUCGCUCUUUUUUUUUUUUCUUUUUCGUUUUUUUUUCUUUCUUUUUUUUCUUUAGUAGUAAGUUUACUUUCACUUCUCAUUUUGUGAUGCGUGUUAAACUCUUGAGUGUGUUCUUGCUGGAAAGUGUGUCAGUUGUGUUAUGAAGAUCAAUGUUACUGUUUUUGUUUUAUUUGUUGGUUUAAGGAGAAAAAAAAUGUGAGGGGAAACUAAAAGAUAAAUUUGUUUAAUUAUUCAAGACUGGGAUUCUGCAGUAAGGAAAUAUUUAUGGUGCCUUACAAAUAAAAGCUUCAGUGUACCUCUAA